GUCCGGUGCUCGGAGCUUUGCGCCGCGGUGCGCUUCACGGGGCUUCCCUCACGACCGCACCAUAAUUAACCUCUCAGGGCCCGGCUAUUCUCCUGUUAUUAGGUUUUUAAAAUAGUUGACUCCAGUUUGGGCUUUCUCCAAGUUUCACAACGCCCCCUCUCCGGCUGGUAUGAAGAAAAACGCGACGGUGGCAAGUUGAUUCCAGUUUCAGCAGCCCGCGCAGGUGUAGGACUCCUAAUCCUGGUAAUCGUGCUUGUCGCCGGUGAGGAUGGCUCUGCAGGCGAGUAAUGCGAGUGUGCUGGAGGUGUCAGCGGGCUGUGGGGAGCAGGGGAACCUCAGCAUGGAAGUUACCGACUAUAAUAUCAGCUGCACCAACGUCUCCGUCCUCCCCAGACCGUCCAGAUCAGUCAAAGAGAUGGACUCGUUCCGCAUCCUGCUCUACUCUCUCAUCUUCUUGCUCAGCGUCUUCGGCAACCUGCUGAUCAUCGUGGUCCUGAUACUGAACAAGCGCAUGCGGACCGUCACCAACUCCUUCCUGCUGUCACUGGCCGUCAGCGACCUCAUGAUGGCCAUCUUUUGCAUGCCCUUCACCCUCAUCCCUAACAUCCUGGAGGACUUCAUCUUCGGAGGCGCCAUGUGCAAAAUUGUCUCCUACUUCAUGGGGAUCUCUGUCAGCAUCUCCACCUUCAGCCUUGUGGCCAUUGCCAUUGAGAGAUACAGUGCCAUCUGUAACCCGCUGAAGUCACGUGCGUGGCAGACACGAUCCCAUGCCUAUCGUGUCAUUGCCGCCACCUGGGUGGUGUCACUGCUAAUCAUGGUGCCCUACCCCGUGUUCAGUGUCCUCAAGUCUUUCCCCAAGGCCAACGGUACUGUUGGCCACAUGUGUCGUCUGGACUGGCCCAGCGGAGAAGCUGAGCAGACCUGGUAUGUGCUCCUGCUCUUCACUCUGUUCUUCAUCCCAGGAGUGGUGAUGAUUGUAGCCUACGGUCUGAUCUCCAGAGAGCUCUACCGAGGCAUUCAGUUUGAGCUGGGCCAGAGCAGAGAGACCACCGGCCAGAAGAACGGUGUUGGAAGAACUGUCGCAGGGUCCAAUGAUGACGACGAUGGUUGCUACAUCCAGGUGUCUAAAAAACCCUCCUCUGCCGUGGAGCUCCCCACCCUCUCUGCCUCGUCUGGUGCUGUCCAGGCCAAAACUGAGCGCGCCCGCAGCAACACCUCAGAGGCCAAGCUGCAGGCCAAGAGGAGAGUCAUCCGCAUGCUGAUGGUGAUCGUAGCGCUCUUCUUCAUCUGCUGGAUGCCCUUGUACUCAGCCAACACCUGGAGGGCCUUUGACAUGAAGUCAGCCUCCAAAGCCCUCUCAGGAGCGCCCAUCUCCUUCAUCCACCUGUUGUCCUACACCUCGGCGUGCGUCAACCCCAUCAUUUACUGCUUCAUGAACACACGCUUCCGUAAGGCCCUGCUGUCCACCUUCGCCUGCUGCUGCCGCAACCGGUUCUGUUGCUGGUGGUGCAAGAGGAAGGAGGGAGGAGAGGACGGCAUCACUGCCACCUCCAUGGCCACGUCGAUGGCCACGUCCAUGUCCAAGUUCAGCUACACCACCGUCAGCACCACCGGCACCUGCUGAGCCGGGAGGAGGGCUGGGUGGUCACAUCAGUGGCUGUCGGGGCAGCGGUUGCUGCGUGCACCAUCUGCUUUUUUCAAUCUCGUUUUUCACCCUUCAUCUUAAUAUGCUAUGAGUCAUGAGCUGAGUAAUCCCUGCCCUCAUUUAUGAGGCCUUUUUUAAAAGGUCUCCUUCAAAUUCUGUGUGCAUGGUUGCAGAAUGUGGGGCGGGCAAAAUGCCGUUUCAGCUUGGUGACAUUCUUUUUCUUCUGUUUAAUUGGCAGCAUCCGCUUUGUUGCAUCUGAAGAGAACAUCAAGUGCCUGUGCUCUUUGUGUGGCUUUGUUUGUCAUGGUAGUUUGUUUACUGGUGGAGAGACAUUUUAGUGAUAAACUACGUCAAAAAUAUGGAUCCUGCGUACUUGUAAAUACUGUCUUUGUGUUCUAACUGUGCCAAAGGUAAUUUUUUGACAGAGACAUACUGUUGAACAAUGAGGACUCAUUACCUCAGUAAUGAAUCAGUAUGGAUUUCUGCUCCUUUUGUGUUUCAUGUGGUUUCAUCUUCAUUGAUUCAGGGCAUCUCUCUCAGUUAUCUGAAUUAUUCUGCCGAAGGGCAACUUUGCAAACAAUUGGGUCCCUAAUUUCUGAAAUAUUUAAACAGAAAAUAAUAUUUUUAUUUACACGAAAAAGGUUUCAAAGGGAAGAGUUAGUACAGCUUUUUCUGAAAAAGCGUCUUAGCUCCGACUUAGUGUUUUGCUCUUAUUGAGAUGUGUUACAUCACUUCUUGUGGGUAAAGCAUAUUUUUCUGCAAAUAUUCAAACACCAAAACACGUCCAUUCAGGCGAUUUCGUCGGCUUCCAAUCAAUAACAGGAUGCUUUCUCUUUUGAAGCAUUGCUCUGUGAUUCAGGCUGAUAAGGCAGGUGCACCUUUACAUAAACGUCUUGACGAUAAACAUCUGAAGACUGUAAUUUACUCUUAUUUCUUGGCAGGCAUAAAUGAGAGAGCCUGGUGUUUUCAAUGAGGCAAUUUUCCUGUGUUGGUCCACUCGCAGCAUAACAAACUGGUAUCAAACAGGCUCAGUCAUGGAACUUAGAUCUCCUGUUGCCACUGCUACAAAUGCAUGUUGAAUACUGAUGCACGCAUUAACAUCAGGAUGUGAAUUAUUAGAGAAAGUGCAGUCAGUCCAUCCAUAAAAGGCGGCUCGCACCUGCUAGCUGCUCCAGCUUGCCCCUGCUACAAAAGGCACAGAAAAACUGCCUCAGUCAAACUCACCUUUUCUGCUCAAUUAUCUCUGUUGUGUCUUUUAUGCACUCUCUCUGCCUUCUGCUGCAGUGCUGCCAAUUACUCUGAGCAUUACCUAAGUACAAAGACCCCUUCUCCAGGCUCAGACUAACAAGGUGUUUCUCAGGGACCCUCUCCUCUCCUGCAGUGCAAAUCUCAUGGCUUUGCCUUUGUAAGACUAAAGACAAACGGCUCUGCUGACGCACCACAUCUGAGCCCUUCAACUCAUUAAUAAUGGUUAGAACAAAUUUGAUUUAAACAGCAUCUUUCAUUCAGAAAAAUGGAGCUCAAAGGGCACUACAAUAUGGAGAAAAUGUUAAUAAGUCAGUAAUGUUAAAUUCCAGAUGAAAUGAAAAAUGCCUUUUUAACCUUUUCAGAUCAAUUUCCUGGCCAUAUUGUGUGCCUAUUUAACAAUUUUAUUAUUAUAAUUAUAUAUUAUUUACAUUUUUCAGAAAAUCAAUUUCGUAUUCUUAUUUCAAAAUCCAAAUAUGUUUUCUUCUUGUAAAACAAAAUGUGUCAUGUGCUUACCUAAGCUAAUAUCAACCAAUCUCAACAAAUACUACCAUGACAUCCACCCCAUCAAUCAAUCUGCAACUUUUAGCCGCAAAGAGCUAAUAUUAAGUUAGCUAGUUAGUAAGAGCAUGCUCCGUCAGUGUACCACUGUUUCCCUAAAUAUCAUGAUUACGGGCUUCUUGCUAGAAUUUGUUCCCUUUGAGAAAAGAGGUAUUUGCGACAGCUCAGAUCAUGCACAAGGCAUUUUGCAAUAGAUUGCUUUUGCAACUGAUAUUGCAUGGAGCAUCUAAUGGACUCUCUCUCCCUCCCUCAUUGAUACUAUUAUCCUGUUGGUGUUUCACCGUCAGCACCUUUUACACACCUAUUUUUCAACAAUCAGAUCAUAUCAUUCCUAACAACAUGUGCCUAUCUUGUCUUACUCAGAAAUGCGCACAAUACUGGAGCUAGAUACUCAUGAGAUUCUUUUUCACCGGGAUUUUAAUACCAGAAGUUAUAGAAAUUAGGUGACGAUAAAAGCAGAAGUGGCAAAUGGCAGGCAAAACUUGCAAAGAAUAAUUUAUUGAAAUUCAUGCUGAGAGUGAAAUGAGAGGAUACCACACACGUCUGUACACUGUACACUAAAUACGACUACAGUCUGCAGCCGAUACAUAAUGUCCUCAAAGAAAUUCCAAAUUCCCAUGAAAAAUAUUCAUGACUUCAUUCAUAAAUUCAGUCAAUUCUGCCAAAAAUAUGGACAUGAUAGUGUUACGGUGACUUAUUUAGCACUUCAUUAAGAUAUAAAGUAGACACUGGAUUGUAUCAGUUGGCUUCUGCAGUACAGAGAUGUCUGGAUUCGUGUUAAACAGUGUGAUGUAAUACUUUUGUCCUACAUGCAGUGUACAUUGACAGCUUAGUUCUGUCAUUUCCUAUCACUUUCAAGUUUGGUCCUCUUUUUCAUGUCCUCCCAUCGCCUAGCACUGCCUGUCCCUGCAGCCCCGCACCCACCCACCCACCACCCUGCCUUUUAUCCUUUUCAGUGCGGAGGCGUACGAAUACAUGAAUGGCAAUCGAGUGUGGGUGACAGCUGAGAUUUGCAGGCACAAGCGCUGUCCGAGAGCAGUUUAUAGGCAGUGGCAAAGGUGGAAGCGAGUUCGCCUUGCAGACAGACAAUUGGCAUACAAAAAUCCCCAGCAGAGCCCGACUUGUAAACACCUCGUCUGGCGGCCUUCACACUGUGUGUGCUUUUGUAAUUAAAGCAGGAGACAAUGAGUGAUUUCCAUAUCUUUGCCAGCAGUUGGUGCAAUGGAGAACCUUGUGGAUUUAGUCUGGAUUUAUUUCACUGUCUGUGCAUGUUCUGUUACAUUAUGGAACUGGAGCCUAUAGUAUAGUAAGCAUGUUAAAUUACCAUAGCUGAGUAGGAAUAAUGAAGAUAAGCCUCUUAAUCCAGAGUUGGUGUUGUUUUGUAUUUCAAAGCCUGUAGAUGUACACCUUUACAAAAUAAAUCUCUGGUCUCUGGUCAUGUGCAUUAUGAAUGAACCGUGAAAAAACUUCUGGGUAACCUUGCUCACAAAAAGUUACGACAAAAGCCUCCCAGAGAAGCAGAGAUUUUCCAUUGAAAAGGUAUGUUUUUUUUGCUGAAUCUGUUUUUCAGUGCGGCUCAGUAGGCCAGCAGGUGUAGGUAUCCAUUAUUAAAAUCAGCAAAACUGCCAGUUUUAGAACUGCUACUUUCUUAUAUCUGUACUUUUACAGUCAAGUUUUACAAGCACACCUAAAGUACAAAGUGUAUAAUUCAUUUCCCCAAUACAGGAAAUAUUACGCCUGGAGCACACUGCAUGCGUGAGCAGCGCAUGCCUGCAACCUCGCCAAACUGUUGCAUCUUGCACAAUUGCAGUGUUUUUACUGGCAGCAUUGUUGCUGCAACACCUCUGCAGGGCUGCCUGCAGGGAUUCUAUGGACAGAAACGUUGCCAGAGGGCUUUUAUUUUGAAACGGAAAUAGGAACAUUUGAGUAAAACAGAAUUAUUUGUAUUUUUUUCAUGUUUGUGGCAGAGAAAGAUGUUAAAACUGCAGUGAAAGUUGGUAUGGAGUAAAUAUAGUUAUCAAAACAUCAUGUUCACUGUCUGUCUCUGCUGACAACUGUGCACAACAGAAAAAAAUCAGAGAGCCACCUUUUCUCUUGAUCCCUUUUAUCCUUAUCCAAGUUAGUAGAGGACUGCACUGGUUGCUGAAAGUCUCUCGUGCACGUGCUCUGCGGGUCCAAUCUUACAGAACAUCCAGGUAGUUUUACGCCAGGGAAGUCAAACUUUUAUUGCUUUAUGCGCCACUUGACAACUUUUAUAAGAAUGACAGGAGCCCUGCCUCCUAUGCUGUAUCCAGUUCUUUUUUUAAUAUCCAUGGUCUCUGCACUUUUAGGAUAAGAAAGCAAAACCUAAAAUGUUUAGUAACCUAAUUUUUGCCUUAAUCCAAACAUAAAACCAACAGGAGACCUCACACCUAACUGUAACUUCAAACGGAGAUUUGUUGUUGUUGUGAUUAUUGAUUUAUAAAGAUACACUGCAGUUUUUUGCUGGCAUAGCUGAAACCUGGACAGGACUUUCCUGUAGAUUUUCAAAUGACCUUUACCUGACUGUUGCUAAAUUCUUGCAUUGAAAAUCAUUACGUUAUACUGGAAAAUAUGUACAACUAAAUAGUGCUAAAAUAUAAUGUCAUUCAGAUGGAUCAAAUUAUAUCCAACAACAUCUUGAUAUACCGCCACACUGUUGUAUGCCUCUGCAAACCAGUCAAGUUGCACUUACAGUUUACAUCCAUGUCUGUGAAAACAUGGAUGCUUCA